CCUCCUCGUUCUCCAGACCUCUGUUACUCGUCGAAUUAUAACAUAGAGUCGCCUCUCCCCCGCCCUCUCCCCCGCAAAUAGUGCAGUUGCUUGCUCCUAGCUCUGCUCAGACACGUCGUGGUCACAGCCAGUGUGUGCAGUGUACAGCUGAGCCUGAGCGGCCGGCGUCCAGCAUGAGCAAGCUCGACUACUGCUUCAGCAAUGAUUACAUGGUGCUGCGGCCGGACAGGGCCGGCCCCGUGGAGCUCCUGCACCUCCUCUUCUCGCCCAAGGUCGGCCGGAACAGGGCCAUCGACUGCUUCACCAGCACCGAGGUCCGCAGCUUCCCCCGCCGGCUCGCCAUCUUCCUCAACCUCCUCCUGCAGAUCCUCCUCCUCGCGCUCGCCGGCCCGCUGGCCGCGCUCGGCGCCGCCGUCGAGCUCCUGCUCAACCUCGUCGACAACGUCCUCCACGGGAGGAUGGAAUACCCUGACAGGUCGUCGCCGACGUACCGGUCCGUGACCGGGCUCAUCGACCGGAGGGCCGAUCUGGACAGGAGCAUCAAGCCGACGGACAGCCGGUUCGACGCCGCGCUCUGCGUCAUGGCGUCCAAGCUAGCCUACGAGAACGAGGCCUUCAUCCGGAACGUGGUCACGAGCCACUGGCAGUUGGAGUUCGUGCGGUUCUACAACUGCUGGAACGAGUUCCAGAACGCGUACACGGCGCAGGCGUUCGUGUUCUGCGACAAGCCGGUGGACGCGGACGUGAUCGUGGUGGCGUUCCGGGGCACGAGGCCGUUCGAUGCGGCGCGGUGGUGCGCCGACCUGGACCCGUCGUGGUACAAGAUCCCCCGUCUGGGGCGCGCGCACGCCGCCUACACCCACGCGCUCGGCGCACAGCGCAACAUCGGCUGGCCCAAGUGGGUCGAGCACAUCAAGGGCAAACCCCAGAAGGUGUACGCGUACUACACGAUCCGCGACGCGCUGAAGGAGCUCCUUGAGGCGAACAGGAAGGCGAGGCUGCUGCUGACGGGGCACGGGUCCGGCGGCGCGCUGGCGGUGCUGUUCCCGGCGAUCCUGGCGUACCACAAGGAGAAGGCGGUACUGGACCGGCUGGCGGGGGUGUACACGUUCGGGCAGCCGCGGGUGGGCGACGCCAUGCUCGCCAUGUUCGUGGAGCGGAACCUGGACCGGCCCAAGAAGCGGCACUUCCGGAUCACCUACGGCGACGACUCGCUGCCGCGGCUGCCCAACGAGAGCUCCGCCAUCCAUUUCCUCCACUUCGGGCUCGGCCUCCACUUCGACAAGUCCUACAAGCUCAAGGUGGUGAGGGAGAUACAGAUACCGGGCGAGGAGACCCCUUCGUCGCUGCUGGACUCGGUGACGAGCCGCGUCAACUCGGCGUGGGAGCUCGGGCGCGGCGUGUACCUGGGCUACCGGCGGGGCGCCUACUUCCGGGAGGGGUGGCUGCUGCUGCUGAUGCGGGCGCUGGCGGUGGCGCUGCCCGGCCUGCCGUUCCACCGGGUGCAGGACUACGUCAACGCCGUCGUGCUGGGCGGCUACAUUCCCAAGGACAACUGACCCGCCAGAGGUCUGCUGAAGGGGCCUGCAACUGCAGUGACAUCACCUGCAUCGAUCGAAGCUAUGGCGAUGUAUGCUGAUGUUUUAGUGUACUAGUAGUAAAUAACCGCGUAAGCAUGAGUGCAUGAGCAAUACAGGGAGAGACGGUCUGCUUCAGUAUGCAUCUGAGCAUUUCCUUCUCCUGUACUCGACUCUGAACAAGCAAUUGCAGAAGCUAAAUAAAGUACGUGCACCUUAAGCAU